AUGGGACGCAAGCCCACGCCGAAUGGCUCUAGCGCGCUCAAUGCCGUCAAUGGGCUUAGCAACGGCGAGCGCAAGAACGCGUCGGCGUCAAACUCCACCAAGCCCGAGUCCACAUCCCAGCCGCUGGGACCUCCAGACAUCGUAGUGGCGUGGCCGUCUGAUCUCAAGGCGAAUGUGGCAGCCGGGCUCGUCAACAUGUCAAUGGCGUGCUACUCGAACGCCAUCAUUCAGAUGCUCAUGCACACCCCUCCCGUUCUCCGUCAUUUCCAUCAACACUCCCCCGGCAACUGCGAAAACAAGUUCUGCGUCACAUGUUCCUUGCGUGAGACCGCCCUGGAGCACUGGUCUGGCAAGCGUAGCGUGUACAGACCUCAGGCAAUCCACGGCAACCUUGGGCGCAUUAAGAAAGGUUUCUCGGUCAAGAAACAAGAAGACGCCCACGAGUUCUUGCGCUUCGUGACGGACGCAAUGCAGAACUCUGAGUUGCAGAACUCUGGCAUCGCUGGCCUGCCAUCGGUCGAAUUAGAGAAAUACAAGCGCCUCAGCUGGGUGAAUCGCGCACUCGGUGGCAGGGUGCGCUCGCGCGUGCUGUGUUUGACUUGCAAGAAGCCGUCGGACACUUUUGACUCGGUCUUGGACCUCUCUCUCGACAUCCCAAGUCACGCUAGAACCUUGCUCCAGCUCCUGGAUCACUUUGUGCACACGGAGAAACUCGACGGGGAGAACAAGUACAAGUGCGACAAUUGCAAGAAGAAGGUUGUUGCAACCAAGCAGAUGAUGCUUGACAAGGCACCACCCGUCCUCACUCUGCAUCUCAAGCGAUUCGGCUACAACUGGCGAGGAUCGGCGAGGAAGAUCAACACAACAAUUGUGUAUCCCACCAUUCUGGAUCUCAAGCCGUAUUUGGGUGAGGCAUUGUACCGCCUCUACGGAGUAGUCUGCCACCGUGGCGGAGGGCCUGACUCCGGACACUACACUGCCUGGGUACGCGGUCCAGAGCGCACAUCCUGGUUCCGGGCCGACGAUGAAGAAGUCCGUCGCGUCUCCCCCAAGGACGCCCUCAACGACGCCGGGGCGUACCUGCUCAAUUACGUCCGC